AUGGGGACCACCAAACCGCGCCCGCCUGGAAAGAACUCCCUCGCUCAAGCUCAAUCUCUCCCGGACAAGACAUUCAUCAUUGACAAUGGUGCAUACACAAUGAAAGCAGGCUAUGCGCCUGACUCUUUACCGCCCGAUGAUGAAGAAACCACCUUGUCAGCGUGUACCGCCAUUCCAAAUGCAAUCGCUAAAGCCCGGGGAAGUCGAAUCUAUGUCGGCGCGCAAAUUGGCACGAACGUUGCAGACUGCAAUGAAAUGUUAUUUAGGCGCCCGGUGGAAAAAGGCUACACUGUGAACUGGGAGGCGCAAAAAGAGAUAUGGGAGAGCUCGUUUUUUGAUGAGAAGACUGCGCGGUCGAAAGAAUUGCGAAUCGCAGAUCCAGAGGACACCACUAUAAUUUUUGCGGAGGCUCCGAAUGCUUUACCGGCGCUACAGAAGAACGCGGACGAGAUAAUAAUGGAGGAAUGGGGGUUUGGAGGAUACUUAAGAUGUGUUGGUCCGUCACUGAACGCCUGGAACGAAGCUCAAUCGCUGUUCGGAGACCCGGUACUAUCACAACCCGGAGCUGCCGUCUCGCCAACCGAGUGCCUCCUUGUGGUUGACUCUGGAUAUUCUCACACGACCGUCACCCCGGUUUACAGAGGCCAGCCACUUCAACGCGGAAUUCGGCGGCUCGACAUCGGCGGCAAACAUUUAACAAAUUAUCUUAAAGAGCUGGUGUCAAUGAGACAGUAUAACAUGCUGGACGAGACAUACAUAAUGAAUGAGGUCAAAGAGUCAGCCUGCUUCGUAAGCAACGAUUUCAGCCGUGACUUGGAGCGGACAUGGAAGGGAAACCGCAGACGUGGACAACCAGAUCCAGGAGAUGGUGUGGUAGUCGACUACGUUUUGCCAGACCCGAAUGGAGGCAGGCGAGGCUUCAUGCGACCCCAUGACCCGCUGUUAGUGUCCAAGCAGAGAAAGGCUGUUCUUGCCGGUGCUAGUGCCGAUCAGCUCAAUGAGGAUGCCCUGAUUUUGGGUAAUGAGCGGUUCACUGUUCCAGAGAUCUUAUUUACUCCUAGUGACAUUGGCAUGAAGUCGGCUGGCGUACCGGACAUGAUUUUGCAGAGCCUUUCCGUGUUGCCUACAGGACUGCACCCGGCGUUCCUAGCCAAUGUUAUUGUUGUUGGGGGCAACUCGCUACUUCCUGGCUUUAUGGAGAGACUGGAAGCGGAGUUGCGCCAGAUUGCUUCAGCAGAGUGUGUGGUUAGGGUUCGACGUCCGAAGGACCCCAUUCGCUCUGCCUGGCUUGGGGGAUCCCGCCUAGCAACCAAUAAAGAUGAGCUCAAGAAAAUGGCAAUCACUCGCCAGGAAUACCAGGAAAACGGAUCUUCCUGGACAGCCCGCAAGUUCUCUGGCGCUCUGUGA